GAGAGGCGCAGUGUGGUUGCGUUGCUGACUGCCGUUCGUAGGUUCUCGGAGGCUCGCGGGUUGCCAUUCUUGCGCGAGGGAGAGAGAUAACGUCCGAGGUUGCGGCGAAAGACGACGAGGAAAAGGGAGGACUGCGUGUUCAUCUGCAGUCGAAGAAUACAGAUUCUGUUACAAAUCGGCUGAACGCACGUAAGGCCCUAGAAAGAAAGUUUGGAAGAAAAAGUCGUGCGCGGAGCCGAGGGGCCGCGCUAACGUGCGUGGCACACACCAGCUGAGUUUCCUCCUUCUGUGUACUAAAGAAGCAGCAGCCAUGUCGAUCGUCGGAAUCGUCAGCAAGAGUGAGUUCGUUGUCGGUGGCAAGUACAGGCUUAUGCGAAAGAUUGGAUCAGGAUCUUUUGGCGAUAUUUUCCUCGGCAUCAACAUCUCCAAUGGCGAGGAAGUUGCAAUUAAAUUGGAAAACAUAAGAGCCCGCCACCCACAGCUGUUGUAUGAGUCCAAAUUAUACAAGAUUUUACAUGGAGGUGUUGGAAUACCUCAUAUGCGCUGGUAUGGACAAGAACGCGAGUAUAACGUUCUUGUGAUGGACCUACUAGGUCCUUCACUUGAAGAUUUGUUUACAUUUUGCUCUCGAAAAUUCACAAUUAAAACAGUCUUGAUGCUGGCUGACCAGAUGAUAGGAAGGGUUGAGUUUGUUCAUUGCAAACACUUCAUCCACAGAGAUAUUAAACCAGACAAUUUCUUGAUGGGUAUAGGACGUCACUGUAAUAAGCUGUUCCUCAUCGAUUUUGGUCUGGCCAAGAAGUACCGUGACAGUCGCACCCGUUCGCACAUAGCGUACCGCGAGAACAAGAACCUAACGGGCACAGCGAGGUACGCCUCGAUCAACGCCCACAUGGGUAUUGAGCAAAGCCGUCGAGACGAUAUGGAGUCACUUGGCUACGUCCUCAUGUACUUCAACAGAGGCUCGCUGCCGUGGCAAGGACUCAAAGCUGCUACGAAAAAGCAGAAGUACGAAAAAAUCAGCGAAAAGAAAAUGUCCACGCCAGUCGAGGUUCUCUGUAAGGGCUUCCCCGCAGAGUUCGCGAUGUACCUAAAUUACUGUCGAGGUCUGCGUUUCGAGGAAGGCCCAGAUUACAUGUACCUGCGCCAGCUGUUCCGCAUCCUCUUCCGCACGAUGAACUACCAAUACGACUAUACGUUCGACUGGACGAUGCUGAAACAGAAAGUGGCCCUUAACAUCAACGGUUUGGCGGCAGCACCAGGGCAAGGACAGUCGCAGCUGCAACAGGGACAAGGCACCACCCAAGGACAACCGCCCACCCAGGCUACCGCUCAAUCAGUUGCACCGCCAGAACUUCGCAAGAGGAUAUAUCAUUGGAUGGAAUCGGCUUCUCCUGGCACUUCUGAAAAAUCUAUCGCGACUCAGAGUGAAAAAAAUGAUUAACACUAUCAUAAACUGUCUUUCGUGAUUAUUUCUCUUUCAAUUUCAAGAAAAUACACGAAAAUAGUAGUAAUUAUACCCAACCCAAGAUUCAUGCGAAUUGAUUGCAGUUGUGUUCUUAGAAAAACUGUUGAAAAUAAUUUUUUUCGUUAUUUAAACAAUUUUUCAUAAGCGAUUUUUGAAUUAAAAAUUUAUAUGUUUUUUGUACUGUCUUUGAGACAUAAAUGUAUUGCAGUACUUGAACAUAUAAGAAUGUGAUAUAGAGUUAGUUGCAUUAAAAAUUAGAAAAUACAGCGAUUAUAUUAUGAGAAUUUGAUCUUGUAAAAAAGAUUUAUGCUUAAAUAUUCUAAAAUAGACUGUCUUGUACAUUAAUGAAUGUAUUUCUUUAUUAUUUCACAUCCCACGUAGUUUAAUAUUUUUUAACCAACAAAUUUUUUUCUUGAUUGAACAAAUUUAUCAUGACAGUGACAAUUUACGA